AUGGCCUUCGUUCUCCGACGGCCGUUCGCCGUCUCUACGGCAUUCAGACAGGUUCCGAAAUCAUCAAACAUAACAGUUCGCUUCAUCCACAGCUCUCCGCUUAAGCAAGGGCCAUCCUCAUCCAAACGCCACUUCACUCUCGCCGGAGCCCGUCAGACUUUCCAAAAUGCCUUCCGCCGAUCAUACAGGCAGAUAUCCUACCAGCCAGUACAGUCGUCAGGAGACCUGGCACAGAAGCUGAUAUACGGUGCCGCUAUCGUGGGAGGCACGAUCGUCGCAACAAACUUGAUCUUUAACCGCGAAACAAGAGAAGACGUCGCCAUGCCACUCUUUGAACAGCAAUAUCUGAAUCAAACCUUCAUGCACACCGGUCUCGGUCUCGGGGUCAUCGGCUUUGCGGCACGGGCUCUACACACGUCUGGCUGGUCCUACAGGCUGAUGGCGACAAAUCCAUGGGCCGUUGUCGGGCUGAGUUUGGUAGCUAGCAUCGGGACGAUGUAUGGAACAUUCUAUACCGCACCUGAAAAUUAUAUCCAAAAGUACGCCCUAUGGGGAGCAUUUAACCUAACCCAAGCCGCCGUCCUCUCCCCGCUAUUCUUCAUGUCCCCUGCUAUCCUCGGACGUGCCGGCCUCUACACCAUUGGUAUGAUGGGCUCCAUCGCCUUCGUAGGCGCAACCGCCAAACAGGAGAAAUACCUAUACCUUGGCGGCCCCUUGCUCGCCGGUGUAACCGUCGUUGCCAUGUCCGGCCUUGCGCCUCUUGUCCUCCCCGCCACCGCAGCGCGGACACUCAUGUGGUCUGAGCGUAUCUGGCUGUACGGCGGUCUCACGGUGUUUGGAGGGUUCACUCUCUUCGAUAUACAGAAGAUCUUGCACCAUGCCCGCAUGGCGGAGAGGGGUCUAAUUAAGAGGGAUGCUGUUAAUGAGAGUAUCAGCCUCGAGCUGGAUUUCUUGAAUAUUUUCAUCCGGAUGGUGCAGAUUCUGGCCUUGAGGAAUAACCGGAAAUAA